AUGAUCGCAAUUCAAAUCCUUCUGUGCGCUAUCAACUGGUUCACCACUUCCUAUGGUUACGCAUUGUUUGUGGAGCCCCAUUUGCACACGAAACAUGGCCAUGUGCUCUCAUUCGAGCCGGUCAAGCUCAUCGAGGGCCAACAGAAGGUUGAGAAGAACUUGAAUCCGUUGUUCGAGAGCGUUUGCGACGUCGAGAUCAAGCCAAGCAUUCGGCCGUCGUUCGGAAUUUUGAGCAAUGGCACCAAGGUCCAUAUAAGGCAGGACGAGUUGAGCUUCUUUGAGGCGACGUUUGUCGAGUGCCGAAACACGAGAAAAACGUGCUAUGGUGUCGAGCACGGACUGUUCCACUCGGAAUGCGUUACUGUCUACGAGCACCGCGUCACUUCGGUCCGCUUACUCCAUCCUGGGUCCCAUUAUUUCGACGCCGUCAUAAAGGUGCCCGUCGCAUGCCAGUGCCAGCUUCAAGGAAAAGAUGAAGACCUAUUAUAA